UGUCGUGAGUAUGAUUACCAUCUCUAAACAAAACGCAUUUUUUUCUGCCGGCGCGGAUUUGUUUCGGAAAUUUGUCAAAACAGAUAAAUUGCGGCAAUUCUGGAUUAUCUAAGGGCCGCGAAAUGUAUAUUAUGGAGCCCGACGUCAACACCCAGGAUCAGGAUGUGAGCACCUGCCGCCUGUGCCAUCGUCAGACGGAUCCUAAUUCGCCCAACAUUUUUGAGAGUUCCGUUGAGUGCUGCAAGGAUGUCUCCAUUUCGGAUAUUUCCCAAGUUCUAUGGGGCGUCCAGUACGACCGUCACGAGUUUCUGUCGGAACUCAUUUGCACCAUGUGCCUGGAGAUUCUGGAGGAUGCAUUCGAACAGCGCAAGGGAAUGCAAGAGCGGGAGCAGGCGCUGCAAGAGCAGCUUAAGGACUUGAUCAGGGAUGAUGCCAAGUACCGGCCCGGCUUGAAUGGCAAUCCUGGCGAAUUUAUACCCGAGGAGGGCUGCGUCAUUGUGGACGUCGACCCGGAAAAACUGGCGGAGUCCAGUGAAGAUGAGUUCUGCUCCGACGGGGAAUACGAAAACUUUGAAGAUGACGACGAGGAGGAGGAGGAGGACUAUGACGAAGAGGACGAGGAAGAUGGCCAGAAUGGCGAUGAUGUGGACAUGCCUCUGGGCAUGGAUGCAGCCCAGAUGGCGGCUCAGAAGUCCAUUGAAGUCGAUGCCCAUUCCGCGGUGGCACAACCCAAGCGGGCAUUCCUGUGUCAGUACUGCGAUCUCGGCUUCACCCUGCCCUCCGACUGCCAGGAACACGAACGUGUUGCCCACGACCCCAGUGCGCCCUACUGCUGCACCUACUGCAACUUGAGGCUGGUCACCCGGCCCGCUUUGAUUUCGCACAUCAGGACAUUGCACGAUCCAGAACGCCCGUAUGUGUGCGCCCAUUGCCGGAAGGGAUUUGUGCGCCGCUCCGAUCUCAAGAAGCACACAAUUGUACACACGGGCGUGCGACCCUUCACCUGCAACGUGUGCUCCAAGAGCUUCUCGAGGAACACCAAUCUGACCAAGCACAUGCGCAUUCACAGCGGCGUCAAGCCGUUCGUCUGCCAGCAGUGCCCGCGAUCCUUCCAGACGGCUGUGGAAAUGAUGAGGCAUACACGCUCCCACGGCGAGGUGAAGCCUUUUCAAUGUGGCCGCUGCCCGUAUUCGUUCUCCCGCAAGGAUAAGUUGAUGGCCCACCAACAGGUCCAUACCAGGCGGGACGUGGAGCAGCAGCAGCUGCAAAUGGGUCUACUUCCCGCAGUGGAGGGAGAUCUAGCGCAACCGCAGCAGCAGACGUUCCAGGCGAAGCAAAGGGUUCCGGCACAAUCCAAAACCUCGCGCAAUUACCGAUGCGAUGUCUGUGAUCGUGGCUUUCAGCGAGAGCGGGACUUGCAACGCCAUCGAGCACUCCACAUGGAUUCGCUGUUGGCGUGCAAGAUCUGCAAUCAGGGAUUCAACCGACGCGAGCAACUGCAGCGCCAUGAACUGGAGGCCCAUGGGCCCAGCUUUACGUGCGCGAUCUGCUGCAUCAGCUUCCUGCAUCAGAUUGAGCUGGAGAAUCACCUGAAAGUCCACCAGCUGCAGCACAAGAUGGCGCAGCGGGCCCAGGAGGCUUCAAUUUUGCCCCUCAAAAUGGCCGAACAGGCGCCCGCGGCUAUAAUGCCUCCGAUGGUCCAGGAACCUCCUCCGUUGCGUCCCUCGGCCGCUGAACUCUCGUUCUACAGCAACAUGAUUCCCACUAUGAAUCUGGGUUUCUACAGUGAGACUCGGCCUGAGGAGUAGAAUAACAUACACUAAACUUAGUUAAUAGUUUUAAAAGUUCGUAAAUUUAUGGCUGGGCGUUUGGACGUUCUGGUUAAUUAAGAUAACUCAGAUACUAAAGGCUCCACAGCCCAACUUAUGCCAAAUCGUUUAUAAGUGGUUUCUUGAUAAAUGGCCAAACCAGAAAAGUGAAAUUGUAAUUUAAAUAUUAAUGAAAAAAUAAAUAUUGUAUUGUUAAAAGUCAUUGCAAAUCACAUUAAGUUACAAAAAUGUCUUUCAAUACAUUGACUGAUUUAAUAAUAAUAAAAUACGAUUGGCUUUAA